AUGGGGGUUAAGAAGGUUGCAAUUGGUAGCAUUGCUUCACUUCUUCUAGUGGCUUGUGUGGUUGCAGCAACCAUCUCAAUUACCAGCAAAAGGAAUGAAGAUAAUUCAUCCAAUAAUAAUAAUGAUUCUAAAAUUUCAACUUCUACAAAGUCUGUUCAUGCUAUUUGUCAACAAACUGAUUAUAAACAAACAUGUAUAAACAGUCUUGCUAAGGCUAACAACACUCAUGAUCCAAAAGACCUACUUAAGGUUGCGUUUAGCGCCGCGAUUAACGAUCUCUCUGACGUGAUCAAGAGUUCCGCCUCGUUGAUUGACGAGACCUCGAAAUAUCCCCGGACGAAAGACGCGUUGAAGACGUGCGAGGGCCUCCUCGACGUAGCGAUCGACGACGUGAGGAGGUCAUUCGACGAAAUCAGCGUGGUCGACGCCAAUAAGCUCAAGGAUUACGCGGACGACCUCAAGACCUGGCUCAGCGCGUCCAUCACUUAUCAGGAAACGUGUCUGGACGCUUUUGAGAACACGACUGGUGAGACCGGUGAGAAAAUGAAGAAACUAUUGAAAAAUGCAGGGGAGCUUACGAGUAAUGGUUUAGCUAUGGUCUCCAGCUUCGAUCAGGUCCUUACGGACCUGAACUUGAAGGUCUCCGGUGUAAACCGGAGGUUAUUAAAUGCUCAUGAAAGGAUGCUCCAUGAAGUUAAUUCUAAUGGGCUAAAGCCCAAUGUUAUUGUUGCUAUUGAUGGUAGUGGACAAUAUAAGUCUAUUAAUGAAGCCCUUAGAGUUGUGCCCAAAAAAAAUACACAAAAAUUUGUCAUUUUCAUCAAGGCUGGUAUUUACAAAGAGUAUAUUGAUAUCCCAAGAAAAAUGAACCAUAUUGUAUUUAUUGGUGAAGGCCCAACAAAGACCAAAAUUAUUGGUAGCAAGAACUUUGCUGAUGGCAUUGGCACUUUUAAAACUGCCACAGUCGCUAUCAAUGGAGAUAAUUUCAUGGCAAAGGACAUUGGAAUCGAGAACACAGCAGGAGGAAUAAAGCAUCAAGCAGUUGCUCUUCGUGUCUCAGGAGACAUGGCCAUUUUCCACAACUGUCAAUUCGAUGGUUAUCAAGACACCCUAUAUGUCCACACUUAUCGCCAAUUCUACCGUGAUUGCACCAUAACAGGAACCAUAGACUUCAUCUUCGGAGACGCCUCAUCCGUGUUCCAAAACUGCAAGAUGAUCGUCAGGAAACCGAUGGCAAAUCAAGCGUGUAUGGUAACAGCACAGGGGAGGAAAGAUAGGCGCGGAGUUGGUGCUAUUGUUAUGCAAAACUGCGAAAUUAGAGCUGAGAAUGAAUUUAUAUCAGCUCAACCAGCAAUCAACGCGUACUUGGGACGACCAUGGAAGGAGUUUUCGAGAACGAUAAUAAUGCAAUCAUUGAUUGAUGGAUUUAUUGAUCCACAAGGAUGGUCAGUAUGGGCAGGAGAUUUUGCACUGAAUACUCUGUUUUAUGCAGAGUAUGAAAACAGGGGAAUUGGGGCAAAUAGUAAUAAUCGGGUAAAUUGGAGGGGUUAUAAGAAAAAUAUUGGACAAGAAGUUGCUGCUGGAUUUGCCCCUGGAGUUUUUAUAUUGGCAGAUGAGUGGGUUAGAUUGAGUGGUGUUCCAUAUGAAUCUGGUUUGAUGAAGGUUUGA